CAGAAAUUAAAACUCAAUUUGGCAUAAGUUACUUUGCAAAAUGCAUGACUAGAGGAAAGGUUUUAAUCGGUGAUAUUUACGUUAUUGGAUAAAAUGGAUAAUUGCAGCGAUUUUCAAUAUUAAGAUUGAACGCUACGGAACUCGCAGCAAUGGACUUCAGCCAGCGAUAUCAACUCAUACUUUCAAGAAUUCUAGACGACAUUGGGUUGACCACCAUUUCCAUUCAAAGAAGGAGAAGGACGUGGCUAAUGAAAGAAGCAAUAAGUUCAGUUAAAGCUUCCUUACAAGAUGUAAAAGAUGUUGACAGAAUGCUGGAAUCGAUGAGGUACAAGAAGUACUACUUCGGUAGCCAAAGCGAAGCCACAACAACUCUUUCUAUGGGUUCAGAUAUUGACAUGCUCUAUUGUUAUGAAAAUUUCCAGGUUAUACUUGAAUUGUGUGGCUGGAAAGAUGGUGUCGUGAAUUUCCUUGCCUUUCGAAACUCGAAAACACCUCCACAACAUUGCAACCUGCUUUGCGUGAAACAUGAAGGACCUGUCCCUGAAACCAGGACUAAUAAAAAUUGUUAUUUUAAAGACAAUCGGGGCUUGGUUUUUUUCAUGAACACGGUUAGCAUUAUUUUUCUGAAGACACUUUGCCUACCCAGUGAGGAGUUGAAAAAACACGGGCCCUCUAUGUCAUGGAACGAUAACAUGGACUAUGUUAAAGCUUUCAACUGCCCAGUGUUUCCGGAUGAGUGCAAAUUUGUUUUUCGAAGACCACGACCAGGCCACUGGCCAAGCCCAUUCCUUCUGGACGAAGCAAGAGCUUGCGGUACGUUUGUUGUUCCGCAGUGGUACAGCGAAUCUCCACAGAAACAACAGAAGUUUAAAAAUGUUGGCCCAGUGACUGAUGAUUAUACGGUAACUGAAAGUGUUGGAUCACUUCUUGAGUGGAGAUACUCAACAUCACGGAUGGAGCGACUGUUUGUAUUCGACUGGAGUAUACAACAGUUGAAGGUGUACAUUCUUUUGAAAUUAAUACGGAAGACAUUUCUGAAGCCGAUAUUUGGCGAUAGACUGAGCACAUUUCAUAUGAAGACAACAAUGAUGUAUACUGUGGAGAAUUACCCAAAAGAUAUUUGGAGAGACAACAAUAUCAUACAGUGCGUUACCUACUGUCUUAGUACACUUUUGAGAUGGUCACGGCUAAGGUUUUGCCCUCAUUUCACAAUAGCAAAUGUUAACUUGUUCACGGGGAAGAUUCACGCACACGAAAUACCUCAGUUGGUAAACAUAUUGUCGGAGAUUAUUUCGAGCAACAUAAAAUGCGUAUUUCAAAUAGAAAUUGACAAUAUUGGUGAUCGUCUCCGGAACAGAGUUGCGGGAUUCAAUUUCUCGUUGCCAUCGUGGGUAUUUAAAAACGGCGCUGUUGCGAUACUUAUGGCUGGCGAAUACAGCAGCGAAUACUUCAAAUGUUUUCUUCAAAUACUGGAAGGUCUGGAUCAAAUGACCUACAACGAUGCGAUUCUGACGGUAAGGCGAUAUUCAUCCAUAUUGAAGAAAUGGUCAGAAGUGGGAGAUGAUAGGCAUAUAGAAGCAGCCAAAGUGUUUGGCCCAAUAAUUGCAUGCACUGGCGCAAGUAUGCGAGCAUCGAGGUGCAUCAAACUUACAAGAAACAUUUCAAAACAAAUAACAGAAAGGUAUGGCUUUGGCGACAACCGAAGUUCUGUAUCAAAUAGACUGAAAUAUGCUUCGAUGCUUUACUGUAGUAACCAGUUCAAUGCCGCGGCGGAAAGCUUAUAUUUGUGUGAACAGAUAAUAGGCAAGACGCCGGUCUGGCAAAUGUGCCUCGUCGAUAGACGUUUAAAUAAACCUCCCGUGAGUGAUCUUCACUGUAAAGUAAUGAUGCUUUCCAAUGAGGACAUUUUCGAUUCAGUUAUUGUUACAAGUGUUGUCUUCAGUCGCCAUGAACUGCACUGUGUGCCUAGAUUUCUGAUAUAUGACAUGUUUCGCACAUUUACCACAGACGAUAAACUGGACAGACACCCAUAUGGGGAUAUAUGGAUGGAUCUAGCAGUUGUAGACCCUUUGCCAUUUAUGUAUUACCUACAGUUCAUUACAUACCAUGCUCUUGGUUCUUCUGAUCAAAUGGUCGAUUGUUUCAACAAAUUAUUUGCCUAUGUUAGUUACGAGCAUAAUAAAUACGGGGGGCAUUAUGAGGUUGCAAUUAGUUUGCUUGGACAUUGUUGUGAGCUACUCGGUCGUUUGGAUAUGGCGUGGUUCAAUUACAAGACCUCAUUCACAACAAUCCCUCGAAAUAAUGCUGCUAUUUGGCAUAUGUGCAGAAUAGUACAUGGAUUUACUGUACGUCGUCAAGCUAAUUGAUUCUGUCAACCAAAGGUUCAGGUGUCUAAUGUGUAUAGUUUGUUGUAUCAUUUGAGAAAAUGAUAAUUAUAUGAAAUUUUCAACAUUUGUAUAUCAAUGUAUGGUUUCAAUGUCUUGAUAAAUAAA